AUGAAGACAGUUGUGUGCUCGGGGUUGGGCUGUACGGGAUGGGGUGAAGCUGUGGCGGCGCUGUUGGAGUUGAAUGGCGACAGGCCGCGGGUGAGUGACGAGUGCGUAGCGCGAAUGGUGUCGAUAGGGGCAGGAGGAAGACAUGCUAUUCAAGUGGCGGUGGUGGGUAGUUUAGGUGACCGUGUGCAGCAGUGUGAGCAGGAGGCGGGUUGUCCGCUGGCGUUUGAUGGGUUUAUGAAGUGGAUCCGGCGGUUGCGAGUGUAUCAUCAACGGUGUCAGCCGCCAGAUGCGGUCGAAGCACGUAAGAAUAUACAGAGCAUGUUGGGUAAGGCGCUGCGGAAACAACUGGAUGGCGCCACAGACCGAUUCACAAUCCAGCAAAUAUGGGCGGAGGCCUUCAGCGAAAAACUGCCAAGCGAGCACGCAGUGAGCGUGGAAGAAGAAGAAAGUACGCAGCUUGAAGUACGCUCAGCGCGCCUGUUGACACAGACAGAACGCGACCGGCUGAUACUGCACGUUCCGGAUGACUGGGUGCCGGCAAUCGAACGAUCAGUAACCUCGAGGCAACGAGGGCGCAUCGGAGCACCUAUUCCCGAGCCUUGGUACAAGCAGACCAAGUGGCGUCUGGGCAUCACAGUUGGCGGGUUCAUGGCCGCGACGAUAUUGGGCGGCUUGUAUUAUAUCGGAAUUCCUACCCCUGCCGCCCCCGAGCGCCUUCCGGAACAGUUUGGAGAAUUGUAUCGAGGGUUGUACGACCAUCCUGCAGAGACCAAGCACAACUAUUCUCUGUCGGCUUCCGACCUUGGCCGACUGCGCACGACGGACUUAGUGUGUGCGCACACAUUCAAGGCUGUGACUGCGACGCCCGUUACCUUUGACUGGAUACGGCCUGGUGUUUGCGACGGCUAUGGAGGCCGCAUCGCCUGUAGCUGGUCCGACGAUCAACGACCUGCCCCCUUCUGCUACUACUUCGCCGGAGAUACCAAGUUCGAUUACACCGCCGUCGGAGAAGCCAUCCACCGCUACCUCCUACCGGCAGUCUGCGGCAUCGACUGCAACUCACAAAUUGACCACGUGAGACGCGUGCGCCAGAGAACCGCAAUAGAGCUCGUUCCCUCCCUGAUGGGCAUGCCCGUGCAACAGUUAUCCCCCCAAGCCUUGGAAUCCAUCGGCACAAUAAUUUUCCAAAGAUACCUACUACAGGACGACGGCUGUUCUCUCAGGUGUAACGGGGACGAAUGCGCACCAAACCACAUCGCCGAAAACACCCACGCGUGCCGUUGCACAUUCGGAGCCUUCCGGUGCUCCUACGAAGCCAAACCCGGUGUCACUGUUACCUCAGAUCGUUUGCCACCAGCUCUGCAAAAACGGUAA